UACACUGCAAAUGUCCCCACUACAGGACUGAUAAAGGAAUAUCUUAUCUUAUGAAUUGCUCUUCAACAUGCACACCUCAAGCCCCGCCCCCUAUCUGCCAGCUGACCAAUGAGCGGCUGCGUAGUAACUCGCACAUGCUCCCUACGUCAUCUCUCUCGUUUGUCUUCCGUGUCAACAUGGCUGCUUCCAUGGCUGCAGCAAGAGGACUGAGAACAGCGACCUCAAAACACACACUUCUGCACAAACUUAAGUGCACCUGGUUGAGUCCCAGGAGAUGGCUGAAUCUGCAAGAGUACCAGAGCAAGAAGCUGAUGCAAGAGAGUGGCGUGGCUGUCCAACGUUUCUAUGUGGCUGACACAGCUUCGGAGGCCUUGGAGGCUGCAAAGAGGCUCAAUGCCAAGGAGAUCGUGUUGAAAGCUCAGAUUCUGGCCGGUGGCAGAGGCAAGGGUGUGUUUGACAGUGGCCUUAAAGGUGGAGUUCACUUAACAAAGGACCCUGCUGUGGUUGGUGAGCUGGCCAAUAAGAUGCUGGGUUUCAACCUGACUACCAAGCAGACGCCAAAAGAUGGAGUGAGAGUGAAAACGGUGAUGGUUGCGGAGGCCCUAGACAUCACCAGGGAGACCUACUUUGCCAUCCUGAUGGACCGCGCCUGUAACGGUCCUGUCAUGGUAGGCAGCCCCCAGGGAGGCAUGGACAUCGAGGAGGUAGCCGCCAGCUCCCCAGAACUCAUCUUUAAGGAAGUCAUAGAUAUAUUUGAAGGAGUGCGAGACGACCAGGCACUUCGCAUGGCAGCUAAUUUGGGUUUCAAAGGACCUCUGCACAGACAGGCAGCAGAUCAGAUUAAGAGGCUCUAUGAUCUGUUCCUGAAAGUCGACGCCACUCAAGUCGAAGUCAAUCCACUCGGAGAGACUCCCCAAGGACAAGUGGUUUGCUUUGACGCUAAGAUCAGCUUUGACGACAACGCGGAGUUCCGUCAGAAAGCCGUGUUCGCCAUGGACGACAUGACCGAGAGCGACCCCACCGAGACGGAGGCGGCCAAGUGGGACCUCAAAUAUAUCGGGCUGGACGGAAACAUCGCCUGCUUUGUGAAUGGAGCCGGUUUGGCCAUGGCCACAUGUGACAUCAUUGACCUGCAUGGAGGAAAGCCAGCUAACUUCCUGGACCUGGGGGGAGGAGUCCAAGAGAGGCAGGUGUACGAGGCCUUCAAGCUGCUGACCGCUGACCCUAAGGUUGAGGCCAUCCUGGUCAAUAUCUUUGGCGGGAUCGUCAACUGUGCCAUCAUCGCCAACGGCAUCACCAAGGCCUGUCGAGAGCUGGAGCUGAAGGUGCCGCUGGUGGUCCGGCUUGAAGGCACCAACGUCAACGAGGCCAAGAGGAUCCUGUCGGAGAGCGGCCUGCCCAUCACAGCAGCAGAGAACCUGGACGACGCCGCCAAGAAAGCCGUGGCCGCCAUCAAGAAAUAGGGAACUGUCAGUUAGUGUAACCUCACCACACUCUGUCCACCCAUCUCCAACAUCCACCCGGAUCAUCACCGUCAGCCUUUUCUUAUUUCACAUGCAGACCUCCACGAACUUCAAGCCUUUACUUUUUUUUGUGGUUUUAACACUAGCUUCCAAAUAGUACUUUGAUGCCAAUUCAGUAUAUGACAGAUUUUGAGGUGCUCUAUCAACACAAUUACAAUUUUACACUCACUUCACCUGUGCUGUGAAAAUUAGCUGCUUUUAACUUCUUUCAAAAAAAACAAA